AAACGAUCUCUUUUUCCCACACAAGUCAUCCUUGUACCUUGCUGGCAAGAGACUUGGCAUUUUCCCAAUGUCAGCCUGGUAAAUUCUCAAUCUUGUUAUAUGCUGCGGCGCGGCGAUUCCGAUUUUGCCUGACCAAGUCUCUCUUCGUAAGCGAGCUCAGUCCAGUCCAUAUACCUACCUACACAGCAGACUCCUCUGUCUUGCUUACACCCGACAAGAUGGUCACCACAACGACCUCGUGUUCUGUCGACAACAACGACGGCCCUGGUGGCUUAGCUUUUUCCGAACCUUCCAAACCUCAAGAUCGUGCUGCGCGUGAUCUUCCUCCAAAAUCCUACGCGCAAGCUCUCGACGCCGAAAACAAUGACACUCCAAAGUUCGGAGGCAAGGAGGAGGUGGAUAAUGGCUCUGCUGUCAAUGGGAAUGGCACUCGUCGACAGGUCAAUGGCCACACAUCGUCGGAGGUGAAGAAAAAAGUAGAUGACGAAAAAGUCCUCUACCAGGAGCACAAGGGACAGAAUGGAGAGAGCUCGUUGACGAGCAUCAAGCCGAGCGAAGAGUAUGAGAAGAGUCUGCGCCACAGUGUGAAGACGGCGCCCCAGAAAGAAGUCGGACCUGGCAAGGUAAAGAAGCGACAGGACACGACCAGUACGAGUACACAUCCAGCAGCAAAUCUCGCCAGUGGACGGCAAGCUGGGGCUGGAUGGCAGACUUCUGCGAUACGCUGGGCUCCUCUCAAUGUCCCCUUGCAACGACGUCUUCAAACCCUCGCAGUGCUGUGGCAUACCACGACCAUUCCUAUAUUCCUGUCCCUCUUUUUCCUCCUCUGCGCCAUUCCAUUGACCUGGCCUCUCUUGAUCCCCUACCUCCUCUACAUUGUGUUGAUCAGCGAAGAGGCUACGAAUGGGACACUCUCACGACGGUCGAGUUGGCUGAGACGAAGCAAGUUCUGGUCCGCUUUUGCUAGUUACUUUCCUGCCAGGUUGCACAGGACGGUGGAACUGGAACCCACGAGGAAGUACAUAUUCGGGUACCACCCGCAUGGGAUCAUAUCACAUGGAGCGUUUGCCGCGUUCGCGACAGAGGCGUUGGGGUUUGGGGACCUGUUCCCCGGCAUCACGAACACGUUGUUGACGUUGGACACCAACUUUCGAGUCCCCCUGUACAGAGAGUACGCUCUUGCUAUGGGCCUGGCCAGCGUAAGCAGGGAGAGCAUUGAGAAUUUGCUGAGCAAAGGCGGCCACAACGGUGAAGGCAUGGGUCGUGCCGUGACGAUUGUGAUCGGUGGUGCCAGGGAGAGUCUAGACGCGAAGCCUCAUUCUCUCCGGCUGGUUUUGAAGAGUCGAAAGGGAUUUGUGAAGCUGGCGAUCAGGACGGGCGCAGACCUCGUCCCUGUGUUGGCGUUUGGGGAAAACGAACUAUACGAACAAGUGGACAGCGUAGAGCAUCCGUGGAUCCACAAGAUGCAGAUGGUGAUCAAAAAGGCAAUGGGAUUCACCGUACCUUUGUUUCAUGCCAGGGGGAUUUUCAACUACGAUGUCGGUCUCUUGCCGUAUCGGCGCAACGUCAAUGUGGUUGUGGGCAGACCCAUCAAGGUCGUGCAACAAGGUGGUCGGGAUGGGAAGGUAGAUGAAGCUUACCUUGAUCAGAUGCAUCAGCAGUACACGGACGAAUUGCUGUGGCUGUGGAAUGAAUAUAAAGAUACGUUUGCCAGGGAGAGAAAGGGUGAGUUGGAGAUCGUGGAAUAAGAAAUAAGAAUGACGAGCCGGGUUCGAACAUGGACAGGGUGUGUAUUAUUUGUAUAGUAUUUUAUCGGGUGGGAAGGAUCAGGUAGCAACCAUUAUGAUAAUUGAAGCAGGUCUACAGUCCACGAUCGGUGCUUGGAAGAGGCAAAUGACCUCAGCUCACCUAAUA